AUGAGAGCAAAUCCAGAUGAGCCACAGGCUUGUGCGAGAGACGGUUCUGGCGGUGCGAGGGACGAAGCUCUCGCUGUCGAUUACGUGCCUACGUGCUAUUAUCCUGGAGGGAUCUUCGAGGAGCUCCCGGCGUUAGCUCCCGAGUUCCUGCGUUCUCCCGAUUUGAGCGGUCAAGCCUGGGAGAAUGUUACUAAGACUCAGUCAACCCCCAACAGCGUGAAGAGACUUCUGAGGGAACGCCAUGGACUAGGGGUAACUUUCUUGAUUCCCUCGGAACACCAGAGGCAUUGGUCGCCACCGGUUGGGUAUCAGUGUGUUUACAAAUCCUACUUUCGGGACGAUACGAAGCUCUGGUUCCCAAUUCCUCGACUAAUCACAUCGUAUGCGAGGCGCCGUGAUGCAGCGAUAAGUCAGUUCUUGAAUGGUUCGUGGCGUAUCGCGGUGGCCCUGAUGGUUAUGGCUGCUGAAAUUGAUGUCUCAUUGAGCGUUCGUGUCUUCGAGGAGUUGGCGUCCGUCAGCUCGUUAGACGACGGGCUUCUGUUGAUAAAGAUGCGCCCCAGCUACAAUGUGAUAGGAAGGCAUCGUAACAAGACGCCGGAUUGGCAGAGAUCUUAUUUCUUCGUUAAGUGUGAUGACUCUGCUUUCGAAGACCCGCCAGAUGAUGACUGCCGUGUCUUAUGGAACACUUUGCUUGCCGACCAUCCGACUUCUCGUGACUAUCCGGAAGAUUUUCUUUCAAGCGCUCGCGCCGUUGCGGGACUUGUUCAGGAGAAUUGGGGGAAUAUUUCUUGGGAGAGGGUUCACCGUUCGAUCGAUCGUAUUUCCAGGAAAGAUUGGAAUUCGAGUUACCCUCUCUCUGCCAACAAGACUAAGCGGCGGAUCUCGCUAUUCACUAAGGAGGUGCAGAAGAAAAUCAACGAGGCAAGGAAAAUGAGAGGGCUUCCAGAUCUGAGUGCGAUGAUGACGGUUGAGUUAAUCUGCCGAGUGCCGAACUACCUGCGCCUUCCAACGAGAUGGCGAUUGCCGGCACCACCGACGCGAGACCUCAUCAUGAAGAUUCCUCGGCCGAGACCCCGUGACGACUUUCCUGCUAGCGUAGGUUCUGAAGCGGCUCCUGUUGAAGCUGAGAUUCCUAAUCAAGAGGAGACGGUUGAACCAUCAUCAAAGAAGAGGAAGGAAGGCAAUCAGCGGCCUCAAGCUGCAGGGAUCGUGGGGCCGCGAGAGACUGAUGUUGCCAAUCCCGUGUAUCGGAGUGAAUCAGCUGGUGAGCCGGCUCUCAACUUAGCCUCGUUGGAUGACCUUGAAGGCGCCUCUCCCGAAGUUACGCUGCGGAAGAAGAAGAAGUCCAAAAAGACGGGUGGUCAAGAGUUGGUCGCUAGUGCUCCAGCUUCGUCGACCCAUGGAACAUCGGCUGUCGGUGCUUCGUCUCGGAAGAGGACUCCGAGGGUUGAGUUUCCCGAUCACGUGUCGUUUGAGUACGACGGUCCCACCCCGCUUAUCUAUGCUCCUUAUAAAUGUGCUGAGUUGGUCAGCCAGAUCAAAUGCGGGCCGAAGCCUCUUCCAUCCGUGUCUGAUUUGAUUUUUAAGGACGAGUACGUCGACGCUGCUCGCACUAAAGUACUGGGUGACGAAAGCAUGAAUUUCGUCGUUGAGAAAUACGACACAGCCUUGAAGGAGACUCGCGAAGCCUUGAGAAAGUCGGAGAAGGCAGUGGCGGCCAAGGGUAUGCUUCUCCGCCGGAAGAAAGUGGAAUGGAGGGAUGAGUUCGUGAGAAUGGCUGAGAAGAGGGAAAGAGCGAUUGCUCGGAAGAAGAUUCAGCGGAAGCGAGCUGUCGCGGCCGAGGCCGAACUCUCUGUCGCUAACGUGACCAUUGCGACUUUGGAGUCUCGGAAGGCCAGUCUGAUGGAAGAGAUGGGGGUCAAAGCCGAAGAACAUAAGAAAGAGUUGGGUCGGCUUAGGGACUCGCAAGUUUAUGAGGUUACGAAGGAGAGGGUGAGAGUUGAGACCGAGAUGAUCACGAAAUCCAACAGGCACUUCGGAAAUUUGCGCGAAUGGUGGACUCGCCGCGCCCCUUUCGACACAGCACGGUUGCUUCUGAGCCAGGCGUUUGGAACCAGGAAAUGUCUUGAGGCUUUAAAGGCUGGUGGUCGUGACAUCCCUCAAGAUGUCAUCGAUACGUUUGCGGCCCGCGAGAAGCAGUUCGAGGAAGAAGCCUCGAAACUUGAUCCCGGCGAGAUCCCAGAGGUUGACUUGACUCUUUCUCCACUUCACCUCGAUUCUCAGUUCGUCGAUAUGCGAACCUUUGUGGGCCUUGACCCAUAA